AAGGCAAAUCAGAGUUGUUGCCACGAGACUACAUUUCCACUGCUUCUUAUCUUUUUUCCUAUUCAAACCCGAGUACCCAUCGAUGUCGAACUUCUACGAUAAGGUUGCAGUCCUUGCCGGCGAUGGACUCGCUGCAUUCACUAUCACCGAAGUUGCAGCCACUCUCACGGUGGCGACGCUACUAAUUAUCUAUUUCUCACGGUUGGUUAAGAAACACGUCAUAAAAACUAAGCUGUCGCCGCCAGGCCCGGUAGGCUUGCCGAUACUCGGCCACCUCCUUUUCAUCAAACCCGAUUUCCUCCAAUACGUAACCAAGCAAUCCCAAAUCCACGGUCGUAUCAUCAAGCUUCAGCUGGGAAGAAAAGUUUACAUCAUCAUAAGCUCACCAUCAAUCGCAAAACAAAUCCUCAAAGACCACGACGCCAUUUUCGCCAACCGCGAUAUUCCGGUGGCGGCCAUAAAAGGAACCUUUGGCGGACUUGACAUUGUGUGGAGAUCCAACGGCCCAGAAUUGCAGAAGCUACGUAAGCUCGUCGUACGUGAAAUCAUGAGCAACAAAGGGCUCGAUGCGUGCUACGAAUUUCGCCGACGAGAGAUCCGACAAAUGGUGAAGAAUAUCCAUGGAAAAAUCGGGUCACCCAUUAACCUCAGCGAACAAAUAUUCUUAACAACGCUGAGCGUUACGAUCAGCAUGCUAUGGGGUGGUUCAUUGAAUGGAGAAGAAGCAAAGCUUGGGCUUGAAAUUAAGGAUCGAUUAGAGGAAUUUAUGAAAUUGAUGGGAGAACCCAAUAUUUCUGACAUUUUCCCGAUGCUUAGGCCGUUCAAUUUACAAGGAAUUGAAUCCAAAACCAAGAAGCAUUUGUCAUGGUUUUAUGGGUUUCUCGAAUCAGUGAUAAAGCAGCGAAUGAAGCUCGGAGAGGGACCAAAAAUGGCGGACAGUAAGGAUUUUCUGCAGCAAUUGUUGGAGCUGAACCAAAGAGGCGAUGCCAAAACUUCAUUAUCCAUGAUGGAAAUAAAGGCUUUGCUGCUGGAUAUGGUAAUCGGCGGUACGGACACAACAUUUGCGACAAUGGAGUGGGCAAUGACGGAAUUAUUACGGCACCCGGAUAAAUUGAGAAAAGUCAUCGAGGAAUUGGAUGCAAUAAUUGGGGACCAAAACGUUGUCGAAGAGUCCAAUCUUCCUCGCCUACUUUAUUUAGAUGCUGUGGUGAAAGAAACAUUACGAAUUCACCCACCAGUUCCCUUGCUAGUGCCGCACAUGCCGAGCGAGACAACCGUCAUAGCCGGUUACACCAUCCCUAAGAAUUCCUGUAUUUUCUUCAACGUGCGGGCAAUACAAAGGGAUGCCGAGUUUUGGGAAGACCCACUUCGAUUUGAACCAGAAAGGUUCUUGAAAGACACUGAGAAAAGGAAUUAUACGGGAAAUAGUUUCCAUUUUUUCCCGUUUGGAUCAGGGAGGAGGAUUUGUGUUGGGAUUCCAUUGGCAGAAAAAAUUAUUAUGCAAAUUUUAGCGACAUUGUUGCAUUGUUUUGAUUGGGAAUUGCCAAAUGGGCGACAACCUGAUGUAAAAGAGAAGCUACGAUUCGUGUUAACAAAGGCAGAGCCGCUUGUUGUGGUGCCUAUUGCACGUUUAUCUAAUUCAAUACAAAACCAAUAGAUGUGCAAUUCAAAUAUAUUUCAAGUUAUUGUACUCUUUAUAAAUUUAGAAUCUAAUCAUUAUACUUUUAUUUUCAA